CGCACGGACAUACCCUACUUUACCGUACGCUCGUUGAGUUUUGCUAUUUAGACAAUGAAUUAACCGGAGUUUGGGGCAUGAUAUUAUACGCUAACCCUUAAUGGGUAAACCCUAGUCCGCAAUUCACUAACCCAAAACAUAAUAUUCAUUUAAUCUCGAGAUGAAAAUCAACGGUUCUGAUUUGUCGAAAUUAUUGUUUAUUUUCAUUUCAAGAUUAAACGAAUCUCAUGAUUUGGGUUAGAAAUCUAGGGACUGGGGUUUAUCCAUUAGUGGUUAGGGUAUAGUAUCAUGCCCAAAACUCCGGUUAAUUCAUGAUCUAAAUAGCAAAACUCAAACGGACGUACGGUAGUCUAACGUACGCCCAGGCGUACGGUAGUCUAACGUACGCCCAGGCGUACGCUAGCCUAAACCAUAUAUAUAUAUAUAUGUUCAGGUUAGUGUACGUCAGUCGUAUGUUGUACGUCAGUCGUAUGUUGUAUGGCCGUCGAGUUUUACUAUUUAGAGCAGGAAUUAACCGAAAUUUUGGGCAUGAUACUAUACCCUAACCUCUAAUGGAUAAACCCCAGUCCCUAAUUCUCUAACCCAAGCCACGAGAUUCAUUUAAUCUAAAAAAUAAUAAUCGACGGUUAUGAUUCAACGAAUCAGAAUCGUUGAUUUUCAUUUUUAAGAUUAAACAAAUCCCAUGCUUUGGAUUAGUGAAUGGGGGACUGGGAUUCACCCAUUAGGAGUUAGGGUAUAGUAUCAUGUCCCAAACUCUAAUUAAUUCUUUGUCUAAAUAACAAAACUCAAUGGGGCGUACGGUAGUCGGUAGGCUAGCGUACGCCCGGACGUACUCUAGCAUUUGCCAUAUUAUAUAUAUAUAUAUGGGGAGUUCUACGGUACCCAGGGUGAAAUCGGGGGUACCACAUACCUUGAGUAAGAAAACGCUAUCCAGAACUUGAAUUGACCGAUUUUUCGGACAUGAUACUAUAUUCUAACCCUUAAAGAUCAAAAUCUAGGUCUUAAUUCUCUAAAUCUUAUACCCCAAGAUCAAUUUAAUUAGUAACAAUAAUUGACGGUUAUAAUUCGUCCAAAUAUAGGCAAAAAAAUCAAUGCACCAUCUUAGGGUUUAAAGUUUAUGAUUUAGAUAAUUAGGACCUAUGGUUCACUCAUUAAGGGUUAGGGUAUAGCAGUUGCGGACCCAGGAAUUUUUCAUAGGGAUGUCCUCUUUUAAAAAAUAAAUUUAGUAAAAAUAAAAAUAAAAUAAUUAAUAAAAAUAACAUUGUAAAUUAGAAAAUACCUUACUCGUACAAGUUAAAAAAAGUCCAUUAUGUGUUCUCAUAUUCUGAAAUAAUUGUAGAAUACACUUGGUGUCUACAGUGUUUAAAAAAUUGUCUCUAUAUACUCUACUAGACAAUCAUUCACGAACUUAUCGCAUAUUUGAUUUGUAAACUUGUUCUUGAUGUAACCCAAAGCUGAAAGAAUCUUUCAACACUUUACGUACAACCAUAAAAUCAAUACAAAUUAAGGGUAGAUUGAAAUUAGUUUAAUUGCUAUGUUUUGAAAAUAAUUAGAAAUAGGGAAUGACAUUUUACUAUGAUACAAUGUUCAAAAUCAAACAACAAAUGAGUUGUAGUUUAAUGAAAAUUAAGUUUGUUAAUAAUAACAGUGCUCUAGGUUUGAGUUACCCAACCUAUCACUUAUAUUCCCAUACACCAAUUUAAAUAAUGACAUUAGAAUAAUCAUUUUUUUUCAAAUUUCAGGGGUGUCCCUCACUAGUCACUACCAAUUAUAAUUUUUUUACCGAUACGUAAAUUACUACCGUGGGUUGAAUAAUCGUUUUCCCAAAAUUUAGGGGUGUCCCGAGACACCCCUAAACCUCCGUGCGUCCGCCCCUGGGGUAUAGUAUCAUGCCAAAAAAUCAUGCUAAUUCGAGGUCUAGAUAGCAUUUUCAUACCCAAGGUAUGCGGUACCCCGGAUUUCACUCGGGGUACCAUAGAAGGCGCCAUAUAUGUAUAUAUAACUAGGGUAUAGUUGGAAUCAAAAAGAACCAUGAAUCUCCUCAAAACUAUCUCACCAAUCUCAAGUUUUAGUAGAGAUAGUACUCAGGGGCGGAUACAUGGGCCUCUAUGGGUAUCCCGGGACACCCCUAAAAUUUGGGAAAACGAUUAUCCAACCUCCGGUAGUAAUUUUGUAUGGGUAUACAAAAUAUAAUUGGUAAUCCGAGACACCCUAACAUUUAAAAAAAUGAUUAUCCUACCCUCGAUAAUAGUUUGCUUAUGAUUACCAAAAUAUAAGUGGUAGUCCGUGUUAUUCCAACCUAGGACACUACUAUUAUCAAACAUAUUCUAAUUAUGUUGCUACUCAUUUGUUAUUCUAUUUUAAACAUCAUGCAACAGUAAAACACUAUUUCUUUAUCCCCAACUAUUUUCAAUACCUAAUAAUUAAACUACGUACACGCUAUCCUUAAUUUUAAAUUGAUUUUAUGGUUACACGGCAAGUGUUGAAAGAGUCUUUUCUACUUUGAGCUACAUUAAGAACAAGGUUAGAAAUCGAAUAUGUGAUAAGUUCGUGAAGUAUUGUCUAGUAGGAUAUGUAGAUUUUUUGAACAGUGCAGACACGGAGUUUAUUUAUAUUAUUUUUUCAAAAUAUGAAUUUUAAUUUAUUAUUUAAUAAAAAAUUUAUACAAAUUAUACAAGUACGAUAUUUUUAAUAUACGAAUUAUUUAAUUUAUUAUAUAAUUAAAUUUAAUUUUUGAAGAAGACACCCCUGUAAAAAUUUUCUAAAUCCGCCACUGAUAGUACUAUCACUCAUUUUGAGCGAUAGUUUCCAUCACACCAAGCAAACACUGCAUGUAUUGUUUGUGCGGAUAGUUAAAAAAAAACAAUGCAUUGUAAACAAUACAUGCAUUGUAAGUUUGUAACUAUCCCAACCAAACUAUCACCAAAACCAAACGACCCUAAAUCUCCAAACAAGAUAUUUUUCAAAUUCAUACAUUUCAUCAUCGAUACAUCCAACCUCCAAACAACCCUUAAAAGCAAAUUCAUCAUUUAAAUGACUCGAUACAUGCAUUUAUUCGAAGUGCAUCUAUGCCUGCUGCUGCCACGCGACCUUUUCUUGUCUUAGGCCGUGGCCCAUGCCUCUCGUAAUCUCAACGAUUAGGCCGGCUGAAGAAGUUACAAUCCACAGCGGCCAUCGUCAGCUCUCAGCUGGCUGCUUCUGCGAAACGACAUCGUCUAAACUGAUCGUUGCAGUCUAUCUUCAUUGCACACGUGGCGACAUCCCCGUACUCGGAAUCAGUCCUCCAGUUCCAGUACCCAAAAAGUUAUGUGCAGGCAGAGCAUCUCUGCUCGAGUUACAGCUUCCCACCUUCCUACUGAUACAGAGAAACUCGGCUAACGGCAAGCGCUGUCGGCAACCUGGAAGAUCGGAGGCUCAUCUGGGCGGUGGAGCUGAGAUGAAUUUGUAAGCUAAUGAGAAGAAAGGCCUGAGGAAAAAAGAGGAGGAAACGAAAGCUAAGCAAAUAUGCAGGGGUUGAGUCUCCAAAGAUCGCCAUUCAUUUCUCCGGCGAGGUUUCCGUCCUUGACUCCGGUGGAUUCAUUGCCGUGUUGCGUUAGCUUCUCCACAUCGAAACCCAUCUCUACUUCAACUAGAUUCAGAGAUAUCACAAGGCUCAAUUCCUCCCUUCGAACGGUUAGAGCUCAGGCAUCCAACAUUAGCGUUGGAUCAGGGGGAUAUGAAGGUCGGGAGGAGCAAGAUAAGCAGGAAGAGUUGGUGAAUGGACCAACUGACAGUUCAUCUGAAAUCGCGAAACCUCCCACCAAAAUUCCUUAUCCCUUAUCUAUAGCUCUUGUGCUACUUGGAUGCGCUGUGGUAUAUUCCCUUAUCGUCUUUGUGAAGGGUAAACCUUCUGCUAUCUUGGCUGCAAUCUCAAAGUCGGGAUUAACUGCUGCAUUCUCGUUGAUAUUUGUCUCAGAAAUUGGGGACAAGACAUUUUUUAUUGCUGCACUCUUGGCUAUGCAAUAUGAGAAAGGACUGGUUCUUUUGGGCUCAAUGGGCGCUCUUUCACUCAUGACCAUCUUGUCAGUUGUCAUUGGACGUGUAUUCCGGUCAGUGCCGGCUCAAUUCCAAACAACCCUUCCAAUUGGAGAAUAUGCAGCAAUUGCUCUUCUCUUGUUCUUUGGGCUAAAAGCAAUCAAAGACGCAUGGGAUCUUCCAUCAGCCGAGGCGAAGAAUGGUGAAAAGAACAGCCCUGAACUAGAUGAAUAUGCUUCAGCUGAGGAGCUUGUGAAGGAAAAGCUAUCAAAGCCGCUCACAAAUCCAUUUGAGAUCGUCUGGAAGUCAUUCAGCCUUGUAUUCUUUGCUGAAUGGGGAGAUCGCUCAAUGCUUGCCACGAUCGCCCUUGGUGCUGCUCAGUCUCCAUGGGGUGUUGCAACUGGAGCCAUUGCCGGACACCUGAUUGCUACAUCUAUCGCUAUAGUUGGGGGCGCAUUUCUUGCCAACUACAUCUCUGAAAAGCUUGUUGGCUACGUAAGCGGAGCGCUCUUUCUCAUUUUCGCUGUCGCUACAUUUUUCGGCGUCUUCUAAUGAGAAUCGCUGUGGGAGUCCAACCAUAGUGCACUGUGGUUCAACUUGCAGAGGGAUGGUGCAGCUCCAGCUCUGCGGGAUGCUGGGCAGAGAGCUAUCGAACAAGCAUUAAUGUUUCCCAUGUGUGAAUUUGUAAUCAUACACUCAUAGUGUGACAGAGAGUUGUUCAACUAAUAACCUAUCUUUGGAGGCAAGAAGGUGUAGCAUUUCAUUGUAUUGUAGUAGAAGAGUCCCAAAAUGUUGAGUGUCACUGGGAGUUUUGUUGUAACAGUAGAUCGAUCACUUUAGGAACCUCAGUUAGACUCUGUUCUUGCAUUUGAGAGGACGAACUUCUUGGUAAUGACAAAUUUGUGCUAGUAGUUCUUCAUU